AUGCGAGGUCCAGUUGUGGUAAUGCGAAGAAGGAUCAAUCAGUGGAUGAUGAAGUGGGUGUACAAGGAAGAGAAUCCGUUCGAGAAACGACGUGCUGAGGGCGAGAAAAUUCGACGCAAAUAUCCCGAUCGAAUUCCAGUGAAAAAUAAUGAAAACAAAAUGAAAUUUAAAGAUUUGAGUAGAACUUGGCAAAUUAGGAUGCCGCCAACAGCUUUCAUUAAGAAAAGUUACAAGCAGAACUCUUUGCGAGAGGCAAAAGCAUUCGGAAUUGGUACUUCCGGCCUUUUUUUGCCGUUAGGACAUUUGGCACUUUGCCAGCAUCGCCUCUGUUGA